GGAAAAUGAAGUGUUAUAAGACAACCAGGAACAACUUUGCUAGUGGCAAGGUCAUGACUAGCAGGGGAAUUUCGGGAAAGAUGAACGGCAAAUUACUCAGGCCAAAGCAACAGAAUUAUAAGAGGAAUGUUCCGAAGAGACAGGAGAAGGUGGUGAAUGGCCAAAAGGAGUCUAGAGGGCCUCCUUUGGAUAGCUUUACCUAUACGAAUGGGAUUGAUGAGUUUGAGGAAGAUGAGUUUAAUGAGGCAGAGUAUGAGAAAGUUAACAGUGGCAGAAGCACCAAAGUCUCUAUUCCCUCCAUUAGACCUCCAACAAGAAACAAUUUUAAUGACAACAAAGCAAAAAUGUCUCUGCUUGUACCUGAAGAAAACCAAAGCAACUAUUUAAUCACUGAGUCAUCUAAUAACUUUGAAUCAAUGUCAGAAAUCCCUGAUGAGUCGAUAGAUGGAGAAACAGAAUAUAAACUAGAGAAACCUGAGUCUGAAGAAUUCGAUAAAAACACAGAUAUUUAUGCCCACACCAGCCAUGCUAAAGGACCUCAAGAGCAAAACCAAAAAUUAGCCAAAUUUGAUAAGCUUGAAUCACGCAGAAAAGAGUCAUAUGGGAAGAGAACAGCAAAACCUUCCCCAAACAGGAAAAAUAAGAUACUUCAGAGGCUCCUCUCUAGGGAAUCGAUCAAACCUCAAGAACGGCCUAAGCACAGAAGUUUCAGAGCUAAGACUAACAAAUCUGUCAAUUACAAAAGCAACGAUGACAUUCGGAAAUUAGGAGUUAUCGAUGAGACCAAGCACAAAGACUUCAGCUUGGCUUAUAAGGCCAUUUCCAAACAACUAAUUGAGAACAGCAUAAACCACGAUGCAAGUGCGCCUUCCCUACUUCUGACAAACAGAGAGAUAAAGAACUAUAAGCAAAGGCUCAUGGCUAAGGCUGCUGCAAAGAAAAACGAUCAGUCAAAAACAGUUUAUGAGAGAUUGUAUAAUACAAAUAUCAGAAAAGUCUCAAAAUAUGUUGAAGAUCAAGCAAAGGAGAUAGAAGAACGAGAGAAAAUGCAGACUUACUUCAAGCCAAAGACGAAUAGAUCCAAGUUCGGCACAAGGCGUCGAUCACACAACGAUUUCAUAAAUGACAUCAACACUUUCAAACGUCGUAAGGAUUUCCAAAUCCAACACAAGGCGAUGCGGCAAGAGAUGGAGGAAAGCAAGAUAGUGAACUCUUUCUUUCAAGGGAAGAAAGAUCGUUCUAAAUCUCCUGAUUACGAUAAGAUCAACCACUUGUAUAAGCAAGGGGUUCAGAAGCAACUCCAAAGGUCAAUCUCUCCCAAGAGCAGCAAGCUAUCUAGAAGUAUAGUGCCGAGGAUUAACAAAAGAUCCCAACUGAUUGUUCGCGACCAAAAUGUGUCUGACAUCCUAUACACCGAUGCUCAAAGUAGACAAGACUGUCUGCUUCAAAGGAGGCGCUCCAGUAUGAGGAAGGAGAACAACUCUCCUCCAGUAUCAAACGAGAGGAACACCACUAAUCACUUAAUCAGCAAAAUAUCGAGAGAGCUACAAGGGAUCUGUCUUGAAGAGGAUUUUGGAACUCGUGACAAUAACCUCAAGUUUUUCCAGGUAGUCGUCAUCCUUAUCCGCAUGGGAUACAUCUCAGAAGGACUCACAGAGACUGAGAAGAACCUUGUCAAUAAGCUAUGGAUAAUCCUGAGAGGGGAGGAACUUAACGGAAUAUCUGCAAGAAACUUCCUAUUCUUUCUUCUUGGAAUUCAUAAACUCAAAGGUAGCCAACUUUACUAUCAAAAAGGCAAGAAAGAGAAUGCCCCGACUUCUUCAGCACCUACAAAUAUUUCAAACGAAGAUAUUGAUGUUGAAAUCGUCUCUGUUCAGGAAAAUAGAGCAGCAAAUAAAAAAUCGAUCCUUAACAAAUAUGGCAGCCAAGAUCAGAUCAGCAAGAUUGGAAUAUUUGAUAAAGAAAAUAAGUUCUUCUUCAAGAAUCAGCAAGACCAAGCUGUAGCCUCCAAUUUGUUCGACGGGUUUCUGAAGAAGAAAGCAUCCAUGGCUACCUGAGCUUACUUUAUCGGUGCAAAUCAGGGUCCUGUUGAUAAACGGUAUUCAUACAAGCCCGAACUUAUAUCCCGCCAGAAGAAAUCUGGAAUCAAAGAGAGACCGGGGACAGAAAGAAGAAUGUAUAAUUCUCUACUACAUUCUCAAUCAUUGCUCCAAAAAGGGAAAGAGUACAAAAAGAAUAAAGAAGAGAAAUAAAAGGCAGAUCAUACAAGAAGAACUAAAAAAAUGCACUUUCAAACCUCUCACAAACUCCCUAAACAACAUCAAAUCCACCAUCCGCUACUCAUCUCCUCUUGACCGCCAAAAUUCGAACCCCUCUUCCAAAACCACUAUCACCACCAAUAUCUGUAAGAGAAACUUCGAGAAAUACAUUCAAGAGAAAUUUCCGACUGCCACUGAUGAAGAAGCUGGCUCUCCUGGCUCUCAGGCAGAGAGCCAGGAGAAGGAGGCUGGGAUUUCACUGCCAAGUUGGGAAGAUUUUGAGCCUGAGAGAUUGGAAGGGGGGAAGACAGAGUCGCCGGUUUUGUUCCUGGAUGUUAAUUUUGGGAGUGAUAAGCUGACCAGGAUAAUAAUGUACAAAGACGAUUCUCCUGGUGAACUAGCUGAAGCUUUCUGCAGAGAGCACAACUUGAAUGAGUCUAAGAAAGCGAAGCUGGAAUCAAUCAUAAUUCAACACCUCAAUAGUGCUCUUGACCGUAUAGAAGAAGAGCCUGAAGAAUGUUAAUUAUUCAUAAUUCUAACUUCCAAAU